AUGGAAAAGUUAAAUUAUGUUGAAUGGUUUAAUGCUCAAAAAGUUGAUGUCACAGAUGGAAGCUUAAACUGGACGACGACAUUACCCGUGGAGCAAUGGACAGCUCCCGAUUUCCCUUUUGUCAAAGUUAAUGUGGAUGGUGCACUUUUUUCUGCCCAAGGGCUGUAUGGAUUGGGCUUGAUUGCAAGGUCUGCUGCGGGGUUGGUCUUGGGGGCCAGAAGUUUAUCUAGAGAGGGCUCUUUGCAACCUCGUAUUGUCGAAGUCAUUGGUAUCAAGGAAGCUCUCUCUUGGAGUAAAGCAAAUGGAUGGUCACACAUUGUUGUUGAGUCGGAUUGUUUAAGGGUCAUUAAUGAUUUGCAAAAGUUCAAAAAUAUGGCUUCUCCUUAUGGCCAUAUUCUUUAUGAUUGUAUGACUUUGGUUACUGAUUUUGAUGUUGUUUCUUUUAAUUUUGCUAAGCGGUCUGCUAAUAAGGUUGCGCAUGCCUUGGCGCGAUCUUCCCUUUUUGAGACUGACCGUACUUUUAGUAGGGACUCCUUACCUUUUGUUUUUGCAUCUUUAAUUUUGGAUGAUUUAGUUUAA